AUGACGGCCACGAUUGCUAGUGUUUUGAAUGACUGCUUGAAGGAGUUUACCGAUUCAACCACUUCAGGCGUCCUCGCGAAAUUCGAAAAUGAAGUCUCGCAACGCCGCUGGUUGGACGAGUUAGGGCGACUUCGAGUUUGGGCUUCCAAUAUUGGCGCUCAUCAAACUGGACAGUCUUCACUGGACUAUCGGCUCCGGGAUGCAUCACACUUGAAGGGUGAAACGAUAAAGAUCCUGCAGCGAACGCUACAGGUCUUAUUAAAUCUACGCCAGGUCAUCGAGGAAGGAGAAGAUGAGCCAUAUGAGGAGGAGCUUUUUAGCAGUGGUAGCGACAUGGAGUUCGAAAGCGAGGGCAACGAGAUGACGGACGUUCAACUACUCUAUCAAAGCCUACGCAACAAUAUCAACCUUCUAUUCCAGAUUACCAUGGCUAUUCGCAAACCGGCUGAUCAUGAUCGACUUCUUGGAAUGAAGAUCAAACAUGCCUCUUUCUUCGAGCCCUGGGCUCAGCAACACAUUUCCCACAAAUUCCCCGACGCCGGGGACAACACGAUUCGCCGUCUAAGCGCUGCCAUGGCGAGACAAAAAGCAGUCCUGAAAUAUUUCGAGCGGCACCGAGCAAAACUGGGCCAAGGCCUAUUAAAUCACGGAGACGCGGAAUCCAACUUUCUUUCUGAAACGGUGGCUACGGAAAUGACACUGGCCGAUGGCAUGGAUCACCUCCACUUCCUUGAGACAAAUUCGACGUCUGGUGUGUCACAAACAUCAUACGCCUCUAGCAUAUUCGCAGGGGAUGAGUCAUUUUCUAUUCCUAGUGCUCCGAAGGAAUCCGCAGAUAAAGCACCAUUCGAAUGUCCAUAUUGCCGCCUUGUGAUUACCAUUAAAAACACCAAGGACUGGGCACGUCAUGUGUUCCGGGACUUGAUGCCAUAUGUAUGCCUAUCCCCCGACUGCAGUACACCAUCAAAGUUGUAUGAAAGUCGUCGACAGUGGUAUCAUCACAUGUGCGAAGCCCAUUCCAUUUCGGAUACUAAUCAGAAUGGUUCGGAUUGUCCUCUUUGUCUGGAGCCCAUUCGACCACCUCUUACCUUCGAGCGACAUGUUGGCCAUCACUUGGAGCAAUUGGCACUUUUUAUUCUUCCUGGAGCGGAUCCGGAAGUUGAAGCUGAAUCAGAGCACUUGCCCGAAACUGCAUCUGCACAGAAUUUCGGGGGGUCCAGUGAUUCUGAUAGUAUGCCGGAAGGACAGCGCAAAGUGCCGCCUUAUAACGAACAACAGGAGUUAGAUGGAAUAAUUAAUGUGGGACGCAGGAUGCUGGCAGAAUUCUUUACCAGAGAAGGUGGUCACCUUGAUUCCCCUCAAAACACAGCCGAUCAGAAGAGGAAAGCCCAGAAUCUCCAGUCUCCCCAUCAAAGAAGGCUCAUUAUCCCUGCGGCUUUGGAAGCUGCAAACGAACGGUUCGAGGAACGCUCAGAUUAUGUCAUUGUCCUACGCGUGUUGUCAAAAGAGGAAAUUCAGACUUAUGCGAUCAAAACGCAAGAGAUUAGAGAUGCACGCUGGGAGGAAUAUCAAGAAGAAAUGAAGCUCCGACGUAAACAUAAUAAGAAUCAAGGGCCAGGCCCAUCGGACGUGGGUCGGGAGUCAGACAUCUCCGAAGAUGCGAUUGCUUAA